AUGAUCGUCACAACGACAAAUGAUCAUAUGAAUGGGCGUGGGGCGACUCCUCACCUUAAUAGAGCCCAAGAGUUGGACCAACUUCUUUUGGCCGUGCGCGGCUUGAUUCUGCCAUUUGUCAAAGCCGCCGACGAUGCCGCAGCUCAUCGGGAAUCGGGCCGGCUUCCGCUCGACGCCAACGGCACACCUCAGAGCGUCUUGGUGGACGCCAUCGAGCCUCACAUCCUUGCCGCACGUCUCAAAUUCCUGUUGCCCGACAAAGCCCAGGGCAAGGAGGGUCUGUUGGAAGCCAUCGCAAAGGUGCUGAGGUACAGCGUCAAUACCUGGGAUCAGGGUUUCCUUGAUAAACUGUACUCAAGCAACAACCCUGUUGGCGUGGUUUCAGACGUCGUCUUGUCCGUUCUCAACACAAAUCUGCAUGUGUACCAAGUCUCGCCGGCACUUACCAUCGUUGAAAAGACGACGGGGCGCGCAUUGGCCAACAAGUUUGGCCUCACGGGCCCGAGGGCUGGUGGCGUAACCUGUCAAGGCGGCAGUUCUUCAAAUCUCACCUCCCUGGUCGUUGCACGAAACACCUUGUACCCGGACUGCAAGACCGAGGGCGACGCCAAGUACGACUUUGUUGUCUUCACGAGCGCCCAUGGCCACUAUUCUGUGGAAAAGAGCGCCAUGAUCUGCGGCAUGGGCUCAUCCAACGUGUGGAAGGUGCCUGUCGAUGAUGGUGGAAGCAUGAAGACGGAUGCCCUCCGCGAGCUGGUCAUUCGAGCCAAGGAGCAAGGGAAGACGCCUCUCUACGUCAACACCACUGCGGGCUCUACAGUCCGAGGCUCCUUCGACCCGUUUGAAGACAUUGCCAAAGUAUGCAAAGAAUUCCGUCUUUGGAUGCACAUUGAUGCUAGCUGGGGCGGGCCAGUUGUCUUUUCCGCCCGGCAGAGGUGCAAGCUCAAGGGUUCUCAUCUCGCCGAUUCCAUCACCAUCAACCCCCACAAGAUGCUGAAUGCCCCCACGACGUGUUCCUUCUUGCUGGGUCCAGACAUGAGCAUAUUCAACAGGGCAAACACCACAGACGCCGGAUAUCUUUUCCACGGAAACACGGAGGACGACUUCUGGGACCUCGCGGAUUUGACAUUGCAGUGCGGCCGCCGCGGCGACAGCCUGAAGCUUGCGCUUGCAUGGCUUUAUUACGGCGCCAGCGGCUUCGAAAGGCAGGUCGAUGACGCAUUCCACAUGGCGUCAUACCUGUGGAAAUUGGUUCAACAGACGGGGAACUUUGCCAUGGUGUCGGAAAACCCACCUCCGUGCCUCCAAGUGUGCUUCUAUCAUGCACCCAACGGCCAAUUGUCGAGCGAUGCAGCCACCAACACCAAUCGCACCCGGGUUCUUGUCGAGAAACUGAUUGGCAGGGGUUUCAUGGUGGAUUAUGCUCCUGGUGAUGUGGGGAGUUUCCUAAGAAUUGUCGUCAAUGUCCAAACUCUGCCAAGCACUGUCGAGGGAUUGACGAGGGCUUUGGAUGAGGCUGGAAAGGAAUUGGCUUAG